CUCCCCGCUGGUGCGCGCGGGCCCGGGCCAGGCCGGACGCCCCUUCCCUUGGGCGGUGAGGUCUCCGCGCCCCACCCCACGCGCCGGGCCGCGCCCGGCCCAGAUUGCAGGCCCUGCGGAAGUGCGGGCCGCGCCAUCGCACUUAAAGGAUCCUGUCGCCUGCGGCCGCGAUUGAGUGGCGUUAGGGCGUGAGCCUUGUAGAGGAAUUCCAGAGGAAGCAGCAGGGAGGUCUGGAAAAGCGGGCCGGCCCCACCCCGCCUGCGGAGGCCGGGCGGUUCCGGGUCCCUAGCGGCCCUUUGUAAGAUCUGAUCCUCGCUCGGGUCCCGGCCUUGGCCUUGGCUAUCUUCACUGGCAACUGGUGGCCCUGACCCACCUCCUGCACCUCCAGGUGUCCCAGACCUAGCUAGAGGUGAGUAUGGCUGAGCAGGAGCCCACAGCCGAGCAGCUGGCGCAGAUUGCGGCUGAGAACGAGGAGGAUGAGCACUCGGUCAACUACAAGCCCCCGGCCCAGAAGAGCAUCCAGGAGAUCCAGGAGCUGGACAAGGACGACGAGAGUCUGCGCAAGUACAAGGAGGCCCUGCUGGGCCGUGUGGCCGUGUCCACUGACCCCAACGUCCCCAAUGUUGUGGUGACCCGACUGAUCCUGGUUUGUAGCACGGCCCCGGGCCCCUUGGAGCUGGACCUGACAGGUGAUCUGGAGAGCUUUAAGAAGCAGUCCUUUGUGCUGAAGGAGGGUGUGGAAUACAGGAUAAAAAUCUCCUUCCGGGUGAACCGAGAGAUCGUGUCCGGCAUGAAGUACAUCCAGCACACGUACAGGAAAGGCGUUAAGAUUGACAAGACCGACUACAUGGUGGGGAGCUAUGGGCCUCGAGCGGAGGAAUACGAGUUCCUGACCCCCAUGGAGGAGGCCCCCAAGGGCAUGCUGGCUCGAGGCAGCUACAACAUCAAGUCCCGCUUCACAGACGACGACAGGACUGACCACCUGUCCUGGGAGUGGAACCUCACCAUCAAGAAGGAGUGGAAGGACUGAGCCGAGGCUGGGAGGUGGGCAGGGCGGGCGGACGGAAGGACGGACAUGCCCCUCCCCACCCCUCCCGACCCCAGACCAAAGUGCUGACAGGGCCCGCCCACGCUGCCGCCACUCCCCCCUGGUCUGCCUCCUGGCCGGCCUGUCUGUCCCUCCUCCACCCUUCCAGCCUGCUGGCCCCAGCCUCCUCGGUGGUCUAGUUGUUGCUGCUUCCGCCUGUGCUGUGGGGAGGGAGGUCUACACCUCCCCUUCUGUAUCCCUUGAGGUUCCCCCACCGUCCUAACCCGACCUGAGGUCCUGGCAAGGGAGCCAGGCACUGCAGAGGGGCUCAGGUCCCCUGGGCCUUCUCUGUUGCCCCACCUCGUGUUCUGGCACGCCCUCCUGGUGGGGGUGGGGUGUACCACGUGGGGCCUCGUUGGGCCGGUCGUCCUCCAGCUUUCAUUUCUCCCCGGUCAGUCCAUCCAUUGCUGUCAGUAACCGUCUAACCAUGAUGCCUUAACAUGUGGAACGUGUGCUGAGGGGGCGUCACUAAUCUCCUAACCCCGUGUCUGCAUGAGCAUGUGGUCUCCCCCAGUCCCUGCCCCGUCUGUGAUCCCCGUGGCCCGAGAAGGUGUGUGGGAUGUGCUGCUGCUGCUCCCCGGUCUGCGUGGGCCUGGCCAGUCCCCCUCCCCCUGGCCAGGGCUGCGGGGACGGCUCCAGGGGCUUGGGAAAGCCAAAUGCCAAACCUUGAGCGGUCUCCAGUCCCAUCUGGGAGGCUGGGUGUCCUCACCUCUCUGCCUUCUCUGUCCCGGUGGGCAGUGCCUAGAGCCCACGGCCCCAAGAGAGAGAGCCCUCAGCAGACAAAACCAGUGGCCAAGCCUUACCUGUCCCGCCUGGGCCUGCCGGCCUGCAGUCAUGUGCCUGGCCUGUCGGUAUUUAUUGCCUCCAUAUGUGCCGUCCUCUGGGCCCACUGGCCUGCCUCUGCCCCCAGGCUCGGUGCCACCAUCCCCAGCAGGCCAACCAGGACCCAGCCAGGACAACUGUGGGACCAAGCUUGCACAGCUGGAGCCGUCCCCUGUGCCCCCCACCCAACCCUACCCCUCCCCGGUCAGGCCCGGGCCUAGAACGCACAAGAGCCUGUCCUGCUUCUCCUUUUCUGACCGGGAAAUAAACUCCCCCUAAGGA